AUGCCCAAAGGAUUUCACCUGAAGCUGGGCGGCGCAAAGCCUGCUCCUAAAGCAGCUCCGAAGCCCGCCGCGAGUUCUGCUCCUCAUACAACCCCGACUCCCACGAAGCCCACACCUCCCACACCUCCCCCAAAGCCAACACCACCGGCAGCAGCACCACCAGCGAGUCUACCGACUAGCGCACCUGGCCUAGCAAAACCACCACCAGGGGCACCAGGAGCGCCGGUAGAACCGCCAGCCGGCAUCCCUGGACCGUCGAGCACACCGUCUCAACCUCUCCAAGCACCAUCCGGAGUACCAGGUGAGCCGCCUCAUACGCAGCCGGGGUUACCUGGUCAAACUCCCCAUCCGCAGUCAGGAGCACCAAGUCAAUUUUUUCCCGGAAACCAGCCACAGAAUGAUCCGGGGUUCGAUCUACCAGGGCUUCCGCAAGACGGCGGCUAUGGCCAGCAACAACCUCCUCGCUCGGGGGGACCCAGCUGGCUAAAUCCUCUGGCGGAAGGCGCCGGGCAAGCCCUUCCAUAUGUCGUUCCGCAAAUCGCUGGGCAAUUUCUCCAGCCACACUCGUCGACCCCAGCAAACCCCGCGUACGGGAGUAUGCCCCCGGACUAUGGCACCGGGAUGGGUACAGGUAUGGAAGGCACAGGUAUGGAAGGCACAGGUAUGGAAGGCACAGGUAUGGAAGGCACAGGUAUGGAAGGCACAGGUAUGGAAGGUACAUAUGCAGACCAGACGGGACAAUAUGCAGAUCAAACCGGGCAAUAUGCGGGUGACACAGAACUAUACCCCGAGGAUACAACCUACAGCACAGCUCAGAAUCCAGAAGCAGGUGCCACCGCCUACGGGGGCACCACAGCAGGCAAAGCCAGCACGGGAUUCGACGACCCCGAAGCUGAUCAAGAUGACCUCGGAUACGACGAUGUCGACGAGACUGGAGCUUCUACUGCCACCGGCAACCACGCCGCGCCUAUGAGUCAAGGUACUGCAGCGGCAGCAGGAGGAGUAGGAGGAGCUCCUCGCGCCAUGUCACACAUGGCGGCCCCCGGCGUGGCAGGGGGCAUUGCCCAAUCCGCCCAAGGUCAAGGACCAUACGACGAUGACGAUGAGCUGUACGACGACACAUACGAGGAUGAAAACUAUGAGGGAGACGACUAUGACUAUGAAGAAGAGGAUCCCGAGGAUGACGGCCAAGGAGGAGCUGGCGGUGUUGGCACUUCAAACACUUACCAUCCCGUCGCUCCACGGGUCGGGGUUGUCAUGCAUUGA